AUGUCUCCCUCCAAAGUCAGCACCAUCCAGUGGGACCAGUUCUACAACAUCAUCAAUGGCCAGCAGCGUGACGGCAAGGACCAACACUACGGUAUCAACCCGACCACCGGCGACAAGAAUUGGUCCGUUCCCAUCGGUAGCCAGCAAGAUGUAGAUGAGGUACGCUCCGAUUCUCCCUCGCCAUAUCUGUCUGAUCUGACCCUCGAGCUCGGCGUGCUAGGCCGUCGACGUGGCAAAGAAGGCCUUUGAGUCGUGGAGAUUCACCGCGCUGGAGAAGCGGAAGGAGCUGCUGAGCAAGUUCAAGGACGUCGUCCUCCAGUAUGCCGACGAGUUGACCGAGCUGCUCUGCCAAGAGACCGGCAAGCCCAAGCAGGUCGCUCAGAUGGAGAUUCACGCCGUUGGUGCUUGGGUCGACCACCACAACACCCUGACCCUCCCCGAAGAGCGCGUGGAAGACGACGAGAAGACCAUCAUCACCCGCUACACGCCCCUCGGCGUCGUCGGUGCCAUCUGCCCGUGGAAUUUCCCCAUCCUGCUCAGUGUCGGCAAGAUCAUCCCCGCGCUCCUGACGGGAAACACCAUCAUCGUCAAGCCCUCCCCCUACACCCCCUACUCCACCCUCAAGGUCGUCGAGCUCGCCCAGGAAGUCUUCCCACCCGGUGUCGUCCAGGCCAUCGGGGGCGGCGACUACCUGGGCCCCAUGUUCACCACCAACCCCGGAAUCGCCAAGAUCUCCUUCACCGGCUCCAUCGCCACCGGAAAGAAGAUCAUGGCUGCCUGCGCGCACACUCUCAAGCGUGUGACUCUCGAGUUGGGAGGCAAUGACGCCUCCAUCGUCUGCCCAGACGUCGACAUCAAGAAGACUGCUCCCGAGCUGGUCAUGGGUGCUUUCCAGAAUUCCGGUCAAGGUACCUGCCCCCUCUCCUCCAUUUCCAUUUCCAUUUCCAUUUCUCCCUCCAUUCCAACCACGGUACUGACGACCUGUGCAGUCUGCGUCGCUACGAAGCGGAUCUACAUCCACAAGGAUAUCUACGACGAGAUGUUGCAGGAGAUGGUCAACUUCACCAAGACUCUGACCGUCGGUCCGCCUUCCGAGGGAGCCUUCCUGGGACCCAUCCAGAACAAGAUGCAGUACGACAAGGUCGUAGAGUACUUCAAGGACACAAAGGUAAUGUCCUCGUCUCUCCCUCUUCCCCUUCCUUUUUUCUAUCAAUGCCAAUCCGCACCACGACGCUAUCUCAACGGCUGCUCCCGCGGACCUAGCACCAUCCGAAUCCCUACUCCCCACUUCCUCACUCACUACCAGCAUUCUCGACAACACAAGAAAGCCUCCCGCCGCACCAACGCCACCCCACUAACAACCCUCCCCACCCACAGAAACAAGGCUACAAAUUCGCGACCGGAAGCGACGAAGUCCCCCCCGGCAAGGGCUUCUACAUCCAACCCACCAUCAUCGACAACCCGCCCAACGACUCGCGCAUCAUCCAGGAAGAACCCUUCGGCCCCAUCGUGCCGACGCAGAAAUGGGACGACGAAGAGGAAGUCAUCGCCCGCGCCAACAACAGCAACGCCGGCCUCGGCGCCUGCGUCUGGAGUCGGGACCUCGCACGCGGCCAGCGCAUCGGCGCGCGCCUGGAAGCCGGCAGCGUCUUCAUCAAUAGCUGGGAGAAACCUACCCCGCAGGCUUUCUUUGGGGGUCACAAGGAGAGUGGUAUCGGAGGGGAGUGGGGACAGGAUGGUGUCAAGGCUUAUUGCAAUGCGCAUGUGAUGCAUGUUUAUAAGGCUUAG